GAGAGAGAAACUGAGAAAUGAGUUUUUCCCCUCUCUCGGUGGGUCAUUUAUAUUAAAACACACUUGGAGGCAUAGGAAGAAGUCGAAGGAGCAACGGCCAUUAUAACGUGGACCAGCAGUGUACACAUUUCUCCACAGGGGGACGAAAAGAACCCAGGAAGUGGGAGAAAGAGAAACUGAGAGACUCGAAGGAACGCAGCCCAAGUUCGACCGGUGGGGCGAUUUUGAGUUGAGGGUGGGAAAAAAAAGGCCGAAUCAAAGUGAAGAAUCCACUGUGGGAAAAGAUGCCGAGGGUAGUUCCGGACCAGAGGAGCAAGUUUGAGAAUGAGGAGUUUUUCCGCAAGUUGAGCAGGGAGUGUGAGAUUAAAUAUACUGGCUUCAGGGACCGACCGCACGAGGAAAGGCAAGCCCGCUUCCAGAACGCCUGUAGGGAUGGACGGUCAGAAAUAGCCUUUGUAGCCACAGGCACCAACCUCUCCCUCCAGUUCUUUCCAGCCAACCUGCAUGGAGAUCAGAGGCAGGUUCCUACCAGGGAGUAUGUUGACUUUGAGAGAGAGACAGGAAAGGUCCAUUUAAAGGCCCCAAUGAUCUUGAAUGGGGUGUGUGUGAUUUGGAGAGGAUGGAUCGACCUACAGAGGCUGGAUGGGAUGGGAUUACUGGAAUAUGACGAUGAGAGGGCACAGCAUGAAGAUGCUCUGGCCCAGGCAGCUUUUGAAGAGGCUCGACGCAGAACCAGAGAUUUUGAGGAGCGCGAGCGAUCACACAGAGACGACCUAGAGGACCCUGUGGUUUCCAAAAUCUGGGACUGAUGACAGACAGCCAGCAGAAAACAACAGGUCCAGACGACAGUACGACUCCCGCCCUGGCUCCAACAUGGCCUGCACUGAAGUGGCCCAUAAGAUGCGCUGAGGAAGAUGAAGAGUAAAGGAAAGAGAGGAGGAGGGCGAGGGAUGUUAUCCUUUCACUUUCCAUACAAUCAGCUGAAAAGUCACCAUUAUUUACAAAUACAGUGGUACCUCGGUUUUCAGGUCUUCGAAGACUGAAUUGGAUUUUACCCAUAAGAAAUUUAAAAAAUCUUUUAUCAACACAAGUACAUUUUAUACAGCAUAAUAAUGGUUUUAAAUGCACAAAACAAUGCAAAAUACACACAAUGAGUGAAACAGAUAAAUUAACAUUUAACAUCACUUUUACCUUUUACACUUUUUCUAUGAGUUUUUUUUUUCAUACCUUGCUAUGUGUUCUUUCUUAUAUUCUCACCUUUUUUAUCAAAGCGCUGGCACUUGAGUCAUACCCAAGAACCCAUGGAUAAACUGACAGUGCUUUACAGCACAACACGUCACACUGUCGUGACUCUGCAACUACACAGCAGUAUGCUACAACUCCCAACUUUCUUUGGCCCCAUGGUGGGUUAUUUCACCAAAAAAAAGCCAGAUUUACUAGUUUUUUAUGUGCAUUGUUUGGCCAAUACCUGAGACAGUACGGUAUAUAACGGGUCGGCAACCUUUACCACUCAAAGAGCCAUUUUGACCUGUUUCACAAAUUAAAGAAAACAAUGGGAGCCACAAAACUCUUUUGAAAUUUAAAAUGAAAUAACACUGCGUAUAAAGUUUUUUUUGCUUUGUGCUAUAUAUAAACAAAGUAUUAUGGGUUACAUUUAAGAAAUCACUGAACGACUGCAGAGAAAAUGAAAUAAAAUUUCUGCGUGCAACAAAACGUUUUUAACUCCGAAAAAGACGUCGGGUUGAAGGUUAAGUAAAAUACUUAAUGUCUAUUUAAGUCAGGGGUGUCAAACUCAAAUACAGAGUAGGCCAAAAUUUAAAACUGAACAAAGCCGCGGGCCAAGGUUGAAGAAAUUAACCUUUUAAUAGGGACCCAAAUAAGUUUUGCAUUGAAUAUUGAACAAGCAAGGCUCAUAUAACUUUAUAGUGACAUGCAAAAUCCAGUUUCAAAUAAUAAUAAUAAUAAUAAUAAUAAAAUAUCAAUGGCAUAUCAAAUACAAUUUAAAUAAAAAUAUAAUGCCUCUUUUCUAUUUGCAGCCAUCUGAGGUAAAUAUCAACAUUAACUUUUUCCACAUGCUAAUAAAUUUGAAAAUAAAAUAACAAUGAAUAAACCAACCAUUCAGGACUUUAAACUGCUCAGUUUGCAACACACUCAUCUAAUCUGAUAUGCCCAAGCCAGAUAGCUGGCAUCUUUUCUGGGAUGCUAGUUCAUUAAUGUCGGGGAUCAGGCUUUGAGCUGAGGCAACCUUCAUUAUCGAAUGAAGGUGUUCAUCAGUCAUUAUACCUCGUAGUCCUCCCGGACCACAGUCUUGGGGGCGUGCUUUAAAGACACUGCCUUUAAGGUCCUCUACGAGCUGUCGUCACGUCCGCUUUUCAUCCAUUCUAACAAUGUACCGGCCCAGCCAUAAGAUAUGUGCGGCUUUGGUACGUACACUCACGUGAAUGCCAUGCCUACUUGAUCAACAGCAAUACAGGUUAAACUGAGGGUGCCGGUAUAAACAACUUUAACACUGUUAGAAAUAUACGCCACACUGUGAAUCCACACCAAACAAGAAUGACAAACACAUUUCGGGAGAACAUCCGCACUGUAACACAACAUAAACACAACAGAACAAAUACCCAGAACCCUUUGCAGCACUAACUCUUCCGGGACGCUACAAAACACACCCCCGCUACCACCUCCGGGGCCGCGGGUUGCCGACCCCUGGUAUAUAAGAAUAGGGACACAUUUUUGGCAAUAUCUUUUGUUGAAGUGAGGCUUAUAAAAAACGAGGUACCACUGUAGAUUAUCAAAAUAAUAUACUUUAUCAAGGUAUUGGAAUAUGGGUCAUUGAUUUAAUUGAAAGUGAACUGUAUCAGAUUUCCUUUUUAAUUAUUGACUGGUUUGACAAAACCCUUUUAAACAUGACAAAUUGAUUGAAUUUUAUUUAACAUAAAUUUUGUAUUGAGUCAUUUAAAAUGUUGCCGCUGGUUUAGUAUAUGUGGAUUAAUAAGUAUUUUGAUAACUGUUUUUUUAGAAAAUGGAAAAGGCUGGUUUUAUCGCCAAAUAUGCGAUGAUAACAAACAUGAUGAAUAGUCGGGGCUUCCUAAAACUGCUUUGUUGUCUGUUCACUCAAAACCUGCUGUUUUCUGAGACCGAUGUUGACUUUGCUGGAAAGAAAAGGAGGUAGAAGUUAGUCAUGCCAAAUAAGAGACAGUGUUUGCUAAUUUUAUUGGUGAGACAACCUUAUGUUAAAACGUAUACUCAGUCAUGGAUAAUGUAUUGCGACAAUCAAUCAACACAAAGAAACCAGAAGGAGGGCAUUGAAAGCAUGUCCUUCAAGAUUUUUUUUCAAAGUUGUGUGUGAUACAAUCAGUCACGUUUACGUGGUUUAUUAUAUGAAUAUUUGCAUUAAACGAAAUAGAGGGCUAUCUAUUUAAGUAUUAGUGAUACCUGUAAACCCUCCCAUUUUCCCCAGGAAACUACCCUCAUUUGCCCUUAUUUCUCGUCAUGCACCCGUUUGAAUAGUUUUGCAAAAUAUCCCAUGUUUUUUUCCCCUUCAAAACAUAGGGGGACCAGAACAGUAGGAUUGCUCGUUUGCAUCAAAACAGUGCUUUUUCUCACUAUGAUAGGGCGAAACCAUCCUUGCCCAGGCACAACCUCAUGGUUUUGGAGUAUAAAUAUUUGCCAAUUUGGCACCAGCCGCUCGACUUGAUCUGACCAAUCUAAGUCUAUGAGCACGAACUGAUGAAGCCUACUCGGAUGAGAAGCGAAACGUCUUCUAAGACAAACCAAACAGUCCAGUUGCGAUCGAUUGAAUGCCCUGAGAUUACAAUGACCUGGAUGAAUGAGAACAUUCAUAGACAUUGACCAGAACGGCCCUAAUUUUCUGGAAAAUGUCCUUAUUUUCAGAUGCAAAUGUUGAAGUUACGGUCUAUUUAUCCUCGGAAUACUGCAUCCUUCCAGAACUCAGAUUAAUUAGGUGUGCCAAAGUCACAUUACAUAAUUGCAUUUAUAUUCCCCUAUUUUUGGUCAGUCAUGCAGGUAUUCAUCAUCAUUUAAAGAUUGUAAGAGCGUGGAAAAACUAUUUAGUUUUACGGCACUAGUGUUAUGACAUUUGUUACAUAAUUAUCUUGGUUUGUGUGUGUGGGUGUGUGUGGGUGUGUGUGUGUGUGUGUGUGUGUGUGUGUGUGUGUGUGUGUGUGUGUGUGUGUGUGUGUGUGUGUGUGUGUGUGUCUGUGUGUGUGUGUGUGUGUGUGUGUGCGUGCGUGAAAGUCAUGAUGUUUACUUUUUAUAUUCUCACUGCUUUAUAUUUUCAUUUGUGUUCAUGUUCCUGCUUUGUCCACAGAUAGUUGUAGUGUUUCAUGUUAAAUCAGGUCAAGUUGAAAUUUAUAAAACACCAAAAAAGUUUUAGAUUUCUUUGUUUCUUGUGUUUUAUUGUAAGUGUGUUUUGCAUGUGGAUUAUCCAAAGCUGUGUCAUGAGGUGUCAUAAAUGUUUUGUACAUUUUAAACGUGUUCUUUUCUGUUUAUUUGUAUUUAACUAAAACAAUCAGUGCACCUCAUUCAUCAAACUGUCUUUUUUUCAGUCAGAUUUGUUAGCUGUUAACUGUAAGAGUGCAUCUCAAAUCCCUCUGGGGGGAGGUUGUCUGGGGGUCUGUGAGAGGCAGGGGUACACAGUGAAAUACUCAGUGACGUGCGGUGAGGUUCAUGGCUGGUGAGGCACUGACUUCAUCACAGUCAGAUUUACAAACAUAUGAACCCUAAAGAGUAUCAAAUCAAAUCAAAUCAACUUUAUCUUAUUCACCAUUUGAUUGGCAGCAGUUAACGGGUUAUGUUUAAAAGCUCAUACCAGCAUUCUUCCCUGCUUGGCACUCAGCAUCAAGGGUUGGAAUUGGGGGUUAAAUCACCAAAAAUGAUUGCCGGGCACGGCGCCGCUGCUGCCCACUGCUCCCCUCACCUCCCAGGGGGUGAUCAAGGGGAUGGGUCAAAUGCAGAGGACAAAUUUCACCACACCUAGUGUGUGUGUGACAAUCAUUGGUACUUUAACUUAACUUUAACUUUACACAUACAAACUGUAGCACACAAAAAAGCACAUUUAAUAAAAAAAAACGUUAUUAUGGUCUUACCUUUACUUAUAAGUGCGGGAACAGUGGUGUUCGUGUUGGAGGAGUUGUGAAUGAAUGAAAUAUGAAAUCCGUGCUGCAGUCUGCAGGUGUACCUAAUGUUGUGUCCCUGCAGCUCCUCCGGCGCGAGUAUUGUUGUUUUUGCACUUUUUGGCUUCUUGUUAAGUGACUUUUUUUGGGUGGAUUCGGUCUUGCACGUGGAGGGUUUGGGUGUGGGCUUUGGUUGGUGUGGCGCUCCCGUCGGGGGGUGCACUCUGCGGCGGAGGUGCAAUAACCGGCACCAGGAGGCGGGAUUACUGCGAGCCUCACACAGUGCGUCUUCGCAGCCGUUUUAUGAUUGCUCAGCACAAGAAAUACGUUACACACAUACAGUUGUUGACAAAAUACACUGUACAUUAUAUACCUCAGCUAACUAAACUAUGGAAAUGUAUAAUAUAGUUCAUAUAGCAAUACGGUCUCACUGCACAGCAGGCCAGCAGUUAGCCGAAUCCGCAAUCCAUGUUGAGGCACAACUGAGUGACUUGCCUCAACUGGCUGCUGAUCACCGCACCGUCUCUUCUCAGUAUUUGAACGGUAAAUGUGAAAAUUCAGCGAUUUUGGAUAAAAAUAAUCUAAAACUGGUGAAGUUAAAUGGAAAAUAACUUUAUAGUAUAAUCACUGGAUACAUAUAACAAUUUAAUUAAUUAUUUUUCUUUUUACAUUUUUUUUCUUUCCAUGAUGGCAGGUGAGGCGUGACCGCACGUCACUGGAAAUACUGUAUUAGCGUCUAUGUCAGGGGUGUCCGCAAACAGGUUUUAUCCGGCCCGCGGGAUGAGUUUGCUAAGUAUAAAAAUGAACCGAAAUUUUUGAAUGAAAGAAACUGCUGUUCUAAAUGUGUCCACUAGAUGUUGCAAAAGCAAUUAUUUGUAUCAUUGUAGAUUAUGCUACAUAUGUAAAAAAAAAAAAAAAAAAAAAAAAAAAACACAUGAUUUUAGUACAUCAGUCGAGAAAAAUGAGCAAACUACAUAAAUAACAUCCUGUAAUUUGAUUUUGAUAUUAUUUUUUAUCAUGAUAGAUUAAAAUAUUAACACCAAUGAGUUGACUGAUGAACAUUAUCACAUAAUUUAUUCAUAAAGUAUAAAUAACCACAAAUAAAGCUAGAAUACUAUUACCCGCAACAUGUAAGUGUAAAAAAACAACAACAACAUUAUGAUUUGUACAUUUUCAGAAUGUGCUUGUUCUAUUUUUAAACAAAGAAAAAUAUCUGAAGUUGUCUCUAUUUUUAAGUUAUCGUGCCAAGAUUUUGGCAGUCCGCCCCACUUGGUAGUAAAUUUUCUCCAUGUGGCCUCUGAUCUAAAAUGAGUUUGACACCCCUGGUCUAUGUUAAUGUUUGAACGCCAGGUGGCAGCAGAGCUCACCGGAAAUGGUGGCAAAGCAUCCAUCCAUCCCAUCCAUUUUCUACCGCUUAUUCCCUUUUGGGGUCGCGGGGGGCGCUGGAGCCUAUCUCAGCUACAAUCGGGCGGAAGGCGGGGUACACCCUGGACAAGUCGCCACCUCAUCGCAGGGCCAACACAGAUAGACAGACAACAUUCACACUCACAUCCACACACUAGGGCCAAUUUAGUGUUGCCAAUCAACUUAUGCCCAGGUGCAUGUCUUUGGAGGUGGGAGGAAGCCGGAGUACCCGGAGGGAACCCACGCAGUCACGGGGAGGACAUGCAAACUCCACACAGAAAGAUCCCGAGCCCGGGAUUGAACCCAAGACUACUCAGGACCUUCGUAUUAUAAAUGAGUCAAUGUUCUAUUCUAUGUGUAUGCUAUAGGAACACGUGUUCACAAUAUCAGUGAAUUUACUUACUUCCAGGACAUUUGCAAUGUUGUCUUCACACCAAUUCACGCAAGUUCAAUUAUUCCCCACAAAUUAAGCGCGACCUUACAACUUUGUCCAAUGCCUGCAACUUCCCUGCACAUUUUGGGCCAAUCAGCGUAACUUUCACCAAUCAAAUUUGUCUCUGAGUGGCACUCAAACGCACACGUCAACUGUCUGAUCAAAAACCUAUGUUUGUUUCUUUUGUAGACGAGGCAGAAAAAAGCUACAUGUACCAAUACAUGAACUAUUUAUUGCUCAAACAGCUUCCUCAAGCAUUGCUCGGAGCUACUUUCUGUUCCUGUCUACAGCGCAAAGCCUUCUGGGUAAUGUAGUAUAAAAACGUUUACUUCCUAUUCAUACAUUCAUUUCCUAGUCCAUCCAUCCAUCCAUCCAUCUUCUUCCGCUUAUCCGAGGUCGGGUCGCGGGGGCAGCAGCUUAAGCAGGGAAGCCCAGACUUCCCUCUCCCCAGCCACUUCGUCCAGCUCCUCCCGGGGGAUCCUGAGGCGUUCCCAGGCCAGCCGGGAGAGAUAGUCUUCCCAGCGUGUCCUGGGUCUUCCCCGUGGCCUCCUACCGGUCGGACGUGCCCGAAACACCUUCCUAGGGAGGCGUUCGGGUGGCAUCCUGACCAGAUGCCCGAACCACCUCAUCUGGCUCCUCUCGAUGUGGAGGAGCAGCGGCUUUACUUUGAGCUCCCCCCGAAUGACAGAGCUUCUCACCCUAUCUCUAAGGGAGAGCCCCGCCACUCGGCGGAGGAAACUCAUUUCGGCCGCUUGUA